ACGGAUUCGCCGAGGCGUGCAGCAGGGGCUGGAGCGUGCCGGGGUGCCGGGAGCGAAGCUGGUCGCCGCUGGCUCCCGUUCCUGUGCCUCCCCGCUUCCUGGGGGCAAAGCCGCGUGGUGCCACGCAGCGCUCGGUGCGCGGAAGGAAACGUGGAGGAGCGCAGCAAAGAGCGGCUGAGGGGCUUUGGGGGCUGGGAAGGCACUCAUUGAAGUCUGGGCGGGGGGAGGGCCGAUGCUCGAUGACGGCAUGGGGAAGGCACGGCGAGCACGUGGGCCGAAACGGGCUCCGGAAUGUAACGGGUUGUUACCGUCGGAUUUGUCGCCUGCUGGUUUUCGCGCACGCGAGGUCACCUGGAUUGGAAGAAAGAACCCACCCGCCAGCGUCAGCCCUCCCCUGUGCGGCGGCCCUGGCUUGCACAGCCGGCAAACGCGUGGACGUGGGAGGAUCGUCCGGGCCUUUAAGUCACCAGCAGGUCGGAUCCGACCUCCUGGCGUUCGGCCCGAGCUGCGAGCCGGGCGGCUGAACGGCGAUCCCGUGAGGCCGGCGGGUCCGGCCAUCAGGCGAGGCUGGCGGGCAGCAGCGUGCUGCCUCUCGGCGUUCGGCCCCUGCCGUCCCAAAGGCAAAAAGCAGAGGUUGAGCGGGGCCGGGAGGAGCCGUCCCGGCGGAGCAGGCCUUUGUCUGCCCGCUGCUGCCGUGCUGAAUUUAGCUGCCCCGCGGCAGCGAUCAUGUUCCCGGCUUGAAGCAGGAAGGCAACGCGAAGCCCUCCCUGUUCCCUGACACCGGGUGUCAGUGCUGCCUGAAGUUACGACCUUCUUGAAUCUGCUCAGACGCAGCUGAAGUAAUUAGCGAGUAGUGAAAGCCUGCCGCUAUCUCAGCGUCAACACGGAAGUCCAGGGAAAUUGUGGACUCAUAGAAUCCUUCGAGUUGGAAGGGAGCUCUGAAGGCCUUCUGCUGCUCCCCCACAGUGAAUGGGGACACCACAGCCAUAUCAGGUUGCCCAAAAUUGCACAGCUAACCACCAAAAUUUAGGAUUUAUGGCUUCCUAUCUUCCCCUCUAGUUUUCCUAUUUACUGCUUAUUUCCGGGUGGCUUCCAUCUCAAGGUUUUUGCAUUUGUCCCUCAAAGACCUCAGCUUUCCACCCCAGCACCCUUCAGGGCUCAGCCAUGCUAAUACAUGCCGUAUGUUCUAAUGAAUGACGGCUUGUUUGGGCCCACUGGUGGCACAGCAGCUGGUUUUGAGAUGGGCUGUUAAUUCAGGAGAGGACCGCGCCGUGCCAGCCGGGUGCAGAACGCAGGUUUGCUCUUGGGGCUGGAAGAACUUUAGUUGCAUUGUGCCUGCACGCCGUGCCCAGAAACCAGGCAUCGCUGCUCAGACAGGAGGCCAGUUUGCUCUUCUCUGGGUUGCACUUGAUGCACCAAGGCAUGAUUGAUCAGAGUCACUAAGGUCGGAAAAGACCUCUAAGAUCACCAAGCCCAACCCCAAUCCAUCCCCACCGUGUCCCUCAGUGCCACAUCUCCACAGUUCCUGAAUAGCUCCAGGGACGGUGACCCCACCUGCUCCCUGGGCAGCCUGUGCUGAUAGAAGCCAGGAUGCCCUUGGCCUUCUUGGCCCCCCGAGCACACUGCUGGCUUUGCUAUAAAACGCUUCCGACUUUUUCACUUUGCAUGGAGAUGAGGGGAGGUGGAGAGCAUCUUGUGUUGUGUGUUUCAGAGAGCUCGGGACGCGGCGGCGUCUCUCAGAAGAAGUUCUACACCGAUGGCCUUGGAUGUGGCGAAGUCACUCUCGGAAGCCUCGCUGAGCCAGAAGGCCAAAUGCUACGGGAGGUGGGACUGCACGGACAGACAGACAGACUGCCUGGAGCUGGCCAGCAGCGUGCACCAGCUUUUGGGCGCAGAGGAAGCCAAAACCGCCCUGAACGGCACGGAGGGCCUGGCAGCGAGUGGACGUGGUGGUUUGGCCACCGGUGUUACAGCACCCGCGUCCAGGCUGGCUGGAAUGGAAGCAAACUGCUUGGAUGGACGGCCGCUGACCUACGGGGCCGACCACAGCGAGGAUUCGUCUCGUUGCCUCGGCCACCGGUCCCGCCUGGAACAGCAGCAGGAAAGCCAUGCUGCUGGCAUCCAUCACGUCACUUCCAGCCGCUGGAGCCGAGCACUUUGGUCCCCGUCCUCCUCCCCACCGGAGUCCUUGCCUCAGCAAACCCUGCCCAGCCCCAAGAGCCCCGUGCAGAGCCGCUCCAGAUCAAGCUUCUCCACUCUCUCCUUAGAGGAAAACAGCGUCUCCGAGCAGCAGGAGGGGAGGCGGUCCCAAAGCUCUCCAGCCAGCCUGGAUACGCCUUCUGCAGCCACCUGGGAGCUGUGCCGCCGGCCGGGUGCCACGGGAAGUAGGACGCUGCGGGCACGCAAGGCCCUCAGCCCCCUGCUGCGUGACACCAUGGAGCACGUCGGGAAGAUGUCCUCCUAUCAGGCUGAUUACUGGGCAUGCGCCAUACCCGAUUCGUUACCCCCGUCCCCGGACCGUCAGUCUCCCCACUGGAACCCCAACAAAGAGUACGAGGACUUGCUGGACUACGCGUACCCGCUGAAGCCGAAGUACAAGCUUGGGAAGGCGUCAGAGCCUUUCUUCCACGACUCGGGAAUAGAUCUGGACAGCUUCUCUCUGUCUCCCGAGGGGACUUUCAGAUCCACCAGCAUCUACGGUCAGGGUUGCCAGGGUCAGGGAAGGAGAGAAAAUGGACAUCAAGGGGCUGCGGCCUCUGCGAGGAGAUACUCCACCCCGGUGGCUGGAAAAGCAGGUGGUGUGGGAGCUGUCUCUCGCUACGAACCUUCUCCAAUUGCAAAAGCAUCCCUGGCAAAGAGUGCUUCCUCCACUGGCACAGUGGGUCCCGCUGGAGGCUUUGCUAAGGGUUUAAUGUUAUCCGGGUUAGCCAGGCUGAGUUCAUUCGAUUGCCUUGAUGUGGAUGGGGGAAGCUGGUGUACCGGGAGACCCUUUGCCAGUCACAAAGGAAAGGUGAAAAGCGCUGAGAGGUUUCUGCCUUCAACGCGAGUACUCCCUCUGAGAAAGGAGUGGGACGGUGAUGAAGAAUUCCUUUCCCUGCCUCCCCGGCUCCGGGAGCUGGAAACGUUGUCUCAGGUUUUGUCUGAUCUUUCCUUCACUAUAAGGACACCCGGGCAAGGCCGCUGGGACCCUCCACCUCGCAGCAAUGGCCUGGAAACCCUCUCGUCCGAGUGGGCUCCUAUCAGAGAAUUGGGUAACAGAGACCAAGGGGGGAGAACUGGAGGCUCUGCUGGGCUGUGUUACUCCUACAGCUGGGACAGCGCUCAGCCGAGCAGCAGAAUCGACAGAGACCCUCUGCAUAGACUGCAUCUCCCUGGCAGCAGCAGGGCCGUGCUGGAGGGGACCCGCCUGAGCAAGCUGCAUGCUGCAGGCCGUGACACAGAGAGGGGCGAGUCCCUUGCCCAGUGCAUUAAGGUGUUUUGCCACCAGCUGGAGGAGCUCAUCCGUUGGCUGUACGACGUGGCGGACACGGCGGAUGGCUGGGUGCCCCCCGCGCCCGACGCUGCCAGCGUGAAGGCAGCGCUGCACCGUUACCUGGAGUUCAGGAAGGACGUGGCCGACCACCGGAGCCUGACGGAGAGCGUGCUGCAGCACGGAGCUGCUCUGCUCGAGUGCAUGGCCUCCAACUCGCCGGCCUUAAAGGACACGCUGGGUUUGAUCGAGAAGCAGUCGGAAGAGCUGGAGAACCAAGCGGAGCGCCUGUACCAGUCGGUCCUGGCUGCCGUGGGGCCCGAGCAGGACGAGGACGGCGGCAGCGCGCAGCAGGGAGCAGCUCAGGCACCACAGGCCCAGGGGGCGAGCAGGGUGCUGCCUCCAUCAGAGCCCCGCUUUGUUAGCCAGGCUCAGGAGGGCUGAGCAGAGCGGCAGCACGGACAGCUCGCUGCGGGCAGCUCUGCAGGGACACCACCAUCCCCAUCGUGGGCCCACUCGGUUUGGUUCUUACUGUGGCUGCAGAAAGGCAAGCUGUACAGCAGCUGUUUGGCUCCUGGUAUCGCUGUUGCGUAUUGCUAAGUUGGGGAGCUGGGUGAGUGAGGAAUGUACAGCUGGCCUUCUCCUUUCUUGUUUUCUGGAGUUUAGCUUACUUUUUACUCCAUAGCGUGCAGUGCAACUCAGGCCUAAGUAAAGCUGUGUGAUUGUAAUA